AUGGCGGAUAAAAUCCAAGAUACCCUCUCGAAUGAAGAACCAGAAACCCCAGCCUGUUUGGAUAUUCCUUCCUUCCCAACGGAAGAUAUACAGUUCAUCGAAUCUAGGGCACCACUCAUAGUCGGAGGAAGCAUGUGGGACACUCAUGGGUUCCUCGAGUAUGUUCUUGAUCGAAGAAAAAGCCCCGGUGAUAUCACAAAGAAACUAGGCUACGGAUUUUUGGUUAGUCAUUUACUUGUCACAAAGAAUAUUCUCAUGAAACCAGGGAUCCGACCAGGACAAAAAGCCUGCCACAUGAAGCAGAAACCCUCUGGUUAUGACAAGCAGAAAGCUUUGGAGCUGAAUAUUCCUUUAGAAGUGGUUAAAUCCAAACGAAAGUCAAGGACACCGAAAGGAUCAGAAGAUGACCAACCAAAGCCGAAAAGACAAAAGAAAGAGAAACGCUCCUCUCGGAUUAAGUCAAAAGAAGAAGGACAUUUUCGCUCUCCUGUGAGACCGAAGCUUGGUGCAUCUUCUUCCCCGAAUGUAGACAAAACACCGAGAGAAGCAUCCUCUCAGGUGGAAGAACACACGAGAGACGCACUUUUCCGGGGGGAAGGUCAGACGAAAGAAUCUUCUCCUGCAAAACCCUCUGAUCAACAGGCACCAAAUCUUGGCCAAAAAAAGACGAAAGAAUUGGCUGCUAAAUUGGAUGAAAUCUCGUCUCUUCCACAAGAACCUACUAAUGCAGAACAGGCAACGACAAAUCUGACACAAGAACCUGUAUUGGUAGAUGAGACAGCCAAUGAACCAAUUGACACUGAUGAAGAAGACGAAGACAGAGAUGAUGAUGUCGAGGAUGUAGACGACGAGAACGGUGACAAUGAUGAUGACAAUAAUGAUGAUGACAAUAAUGAUGAUGACAAUGAUAGUAACAAUGGAGCAAAUCUAAUGUAUGACAGUCCAUCUCCUCUCUUGGUAGGUCCUGCUUAUGACACUGUUCCCGAAAGAUCUCCAGCUCAGAAAUCACCGUCCGAAAGUGAUGGCACAAGGGAAGCAUCACACCAAGAUGAAGACGUUUCAACUACUCAGCCUGAAGAUCUGUCUCGAGCUCUCGUUCCACAUGUUCGGCCCAUGAACGAAACUCCAAUAAAACGAGAGGAAGCAGUUGUACAUGAGGAUAAACUGGAAGCCUCCCCAAUUCUUCUAAGUUCGAGCAGUGGUGGCAAAAAGGAUGCCCACUUCAAGGAGACCAAGUUGAAACCCCACAAACAAAUAUUGAAGAAGACUCCCUCCUCUCCCCAACGUUCCUCCUACCACAUGUGCGAUGAUGCCAAAAAGGGGGAAAAGAGACAUCAUGAAGAUGAUAGGGAUGACGAUCAUCCGAGGGAGAACACGAGAGAACGAUCUCCAUCACCAAGAAAAGAUGAGCGAAGAAGUACAAAUCCUCUAUCCAGAUCUCGUGGUCACCAUCCUUCUCAGUCGAGACAUUAUUCAAAACGUGGCCAUUCUCAAUCCAGAUCACAGUCUCUCAAGCCUCGUCAAUCUUAUGGCUCUGAAUCAAAAUUUGUAUUUGCCGGGCUCUCCAAGAGAGAAAAGGCAAGCCGAAGGCAGAAGUUCAUGAGGGACAGAAAAAUAACUAUGGAUGGAGUCAGUGACUUUGUUGAAUACAAACCUUAUGAAGAAGGUAGUGGAAAACGUUUUGAGGGUUGCAAUGUCCCUACCUGGCUGAAGACAAGGGACAACCACACCAGACAAGAUCACAUAAGCACCCAAAACGAAAGAAUAAAGAGUCAAAAUAGAGAACUAUGGGAGAAACAUGAAGAAGAAGCCCGGAUAAGAGCAUGA